AAGCCAUUGUGGCUCCGGAGAGGGGUUGCAUUGGCAAGUGUGCAUUUUCCUCCAUCGAAUUGGCUAUAGUUGGUUCACUGAGUAUGCGACUUCUUGCCGUGGUGGUGCUGGAUCUACUCCUGCGCGUUUCGGCGGACCUGGCCUUCGUGGCUGCCCCAGCGCAGCGGGUGGAUGCGCCCUACGCGAGAAGCGUGCCCGCUCCGGAGGGGAGGACCAGCUUCUCAAGUCAGGCGAGCACCACUGGUGCAUUUCUGCUUGGUGCCGCUCUACUAGCCGCGAGCCGACGUCGAGCUCGCACCUCCAGAAAUGUGUGGACCUUUUAUCCAGUAGACAAAGACCAGGAGUGUACUUGGCCUGGCCUUGCUGAUGAUGCAGAGGGCCCGCGCUGGAGAAAGCAUGUCAACCUGAGUCGAUCAACAUUCAAACCCUAUGGUCGCAGCGUGAAGUACAUGAAGCAGCAGAAGAUCCUGCGGUCGCACAACGUUUGGUGGGCAAAAUAUGGUGCCUGGCACACGGAGGUGAAGAACCCAUACUCUCGCAACAUGUACCAGGGAAAGCCUGAGAAUCCAGACUUUCCGUCUCCGACCACGGGCAUCCCUGCCCUCAGCGGCUGGGCCCCUGCUGCUCUAGCCAGCUCUGCUCCGCUCGGGCAGACGGGCUCAACCUUCGUGGGCGGCAAGCGAGCAGUCUUCAGGCCCUUGUCGUCACGCUCAGCACUGAUCCUUCAUGCCCACAAGAAGGCUGCGGCCAGUACCAAGAACCAGGGACACUCCCGCAACCCGCACUUCUGGGGUGUGAAGGCUCUCAACGGCAAGGCAGUCAAGUGCCGGCAGUUGCUGGUCAAGCAGAAAGGCAUGAAUUGGUAUCCCGGAACCAAUGUCAUGCGAUGCAAGAACGACUCUUUGAUCUCUUUGCGGGAUGGCAUUGUGCAGUGGCGUGGUGACUACCGUCACAAGGAGGUGAGUGUGGUGCCGUGGGAAUACGUCAACAAGAAGUGCUACUUCCACAACCCGGGCAACCUCGCGCCCAAGGUCUACGAGCCCUGGAUGGGCAGCAACUUCUCUCGCUACUCCAGAAAGUGGCCGAUUCGGGCGAUGUACGAGGAGUGGAAGGAGACCGAAGAGGGCCAGGCCCAUGUAGCCAAGAAGGCUGAGAAGAAGGAGAAACAGAAGGAGAUCCAGCUGAAGAUCAGGGCCAAGAAGAAGUGGCGCUUGGCAGAGAAGAAGAAGGAGAAGGUGGCAGCGGGAGACUCCGAGAGUGAGGCGGAGUGAGUGACGCGCAGUGCAGCCGCACCGAAUGCCAAGGGAGCUUGAGACGCGAACAGACCGGAAGCGGGCUGAGGAAGUCAUGG